CCUAAAACAAAACAUUCAAUCCAAAACGUAACUGAGCACCAGUCCUGGCGGCAGCAAUAAACAAUCUGAUACUGAUUUUGGGGGGAAAUUCCUUGAAUCUCAAUCUACAGCCGCCUGAAAGCGCGAGCGAAAGAAAAAGCCAGAAAAGAUUAAUGGCCGGAAAUUCAACGUUUAAAUUAUUUUCGACGUCGGGAGGUUUAGGGUUUUUCGAUUCUUCUUCUGAGCCGCCUCUCCCUCCUCCCCCUCCUCCUGUCGAAGUACUUUCUUCUCAGGUUUCAUCCACUUUGAAAUGCUCUGUGGAACCAGUAAACUUGGAUGGUCUUACUUUGCUCAAGGGACGGCUAAGUACCAAAGAUGUUUUUGGAUUGCCUAACUCUGAUUUAGUACCUGGUGUCUAUGAAGGGGGACUAAAGCUUUGGGAAGGUUCACUGGACCUUGUUAAAGCUCUCCGCUCAGAGGUUCAAAAUGGGCAUUUAUCAUUUGCAGGAAAGCGAGUUUUGGAGCUUGGAUGUGGUCAUGGACUUCCUGGGAUCUUUGCAUGCCUUGAGGGUGCAGCUGUUGUACAUUUUCAAGAUUUCAAUGCAGAAGUUUUGCAAUCUCUCACCAUUCCCAAUGUAAAUGUCAAUAUUUCAAAAGAAUUUCACUGUACUGCAUCAGAUGAGAAAAAUUGUGAUUCUGGUGUGGAAUUACGUUUUUUUGCUGGUGACUGGGCUCAAAUCCAUCGUUGUCUUCCUCAUGUACACAACAGUGAAGAAGAUCUGAACUGUUGCUCAGAGCAGUGUCCAGUUUCGGGUUAUGAUAUCAUUUUAAUGGCAGAGACUAUAUAUUCACUCUCUGCUCAACAAAGUCUCUAUGGACUUAUAAAGAAGUGUGUACAGCGUCCUUAUGGAGUGGUAUAUAUGGCAGCAAAAAAGUAUUAUUUUGGAGUUGGUGGAGGAACACGCCAAUUCCUAUCCAUGGUAGAGAAAGAUGGAGUUAUGGAUGCAAGUUUGGUUGCAGAAGUUGUGGAUGGUUCUUCUAAUGUUCGAGAGGUCUUGUGGCUGUCCAUAUGAGGACCGCAGCAUUAAUGACAAGGAGCAUUCCACUUCGGAGGGACCUUUCACUAAAAGCCACUUCGAUUACGCUUGGUUGUCAUUCACUAAAAAAGUCUUCAAAUUCUUAAAUCAUGU